CCGUCUUUUAUCGCGGGCCGCGGUACGUCAAGUUCCGAGCUCACCAUGUGACUGCCGCGGGCCGCGACCGACCGCUCACGUGGCCUACACGCGCCAACCUACCAAAUUUCAAUUUUUAAACCACCAUUUUCGAAUUCCAUUUCGAAUUUUUCUGUUAUUUUUUUUUUUUUUUUGUUUUUUUGUUUGGCUUUGAAUAACUUUUAACUGACAGUGAUCGUGUUUUGGUAUUUUGUUUCUUUUUUUUUAAUCUAGUGUUUUUUUUUAUUUGUGCUUUUUGGUAAAUAUUGUUUUUUUCUUAUUUGGUUGAAUUUUACGAGAAGUGCGAGUUUGUGUUUGAAUUGAGAUUUUUUAAUAUAUUUUUUUACUUUAAAUUGAUAAAGUUAUUAACUGCAGUAAAAUUGAGUAUACGAAUCCGGAGGUAAUCACAUAUUGGUCAGGCAAUUUCCUAUACCAUCAAUAAUAACGGGGCAAGUAAACAAUAACAUUAUUUGAUGUUAGAUAGAGACAAACGUGCACAGAAGAGCGAGACAAAAGAAUAUCAUCGAUCUAAGAAAAUAGAAUUCUCAUACGAAAUGUAAUGGAGGUACAAUAAUCGUGUAAAAGUUCACGAUAGUUGGCCAACGUGAGGCGGUAACAAAACGAUAACGCCAGCCUAUAUAGGACUUGAACAAAUCGAUUUUUGUAUACUUACACUACUGAAAUUAGAGGUUCGUAUAACCUGGUCGGUUAUAGCGGUCAUCUCGGUCGGUAGAUAAUGAUCCGUCGAUGAUUUACGCCGCGUUAAACCGACAAUGGCACGAGAUAACCCCGGCCAGUGCACAAUGUGACCAAUUAGAAAACUAGGAACGUUUGCCACGAUGACUAAAAUGAAUGGGAUCAACUUGGCAGAGAUGACGGAACGAGACCUCACCGUCGAAGACAUAUUUAACGAGAACUUCAAUUUGAAACGAAAGAAACCUCAUUACGAUUAUGAAGAGGCUAAAAAAGCAAACUUAGUUGAAGAAACAGAUCCUCUAAAAUACAGGAACAACAACAAUAUAAUCGAUAAAGAUGAGACUCCUCAGAAGAAGCGGAGAUCGAGAAGUUUUGGUGACAAUUACGACAUCGAUAAGAUUGUGGAAUCGAAUAUGAUAAUCGAUAAGGAAUCGAGUAAAGUGCGGCUGGAGAUGAGGGAGUGUGACAGUUUGGAGUAUAAGACUAAUGGGCAUGACAUUGGUGUUGCUGAGGACGGCGAUUAUGGAUUGAAAGAUGGUACUGAUAUUAGGAUUGAUAAUGAAGAUAAGAUUUUGGAUAACAAUGAAGAUUAUCGCUUGAACGGCCACGGAGAACAUGGAAAUGAUGAGCGGCUGGGCAGCGGCGGGCUGGGUCUGGGCGGCGGCGGGUUCCGCGGCGGCGCGCAGCCCUCGCUCGCAGACUUCCAGCCGCCGUACUUCCCCCCGCCCUUCGCGCCCGCACCGCACCCCGCCAGCCCUCAUCAUCAACAACAGAGCCAUGGCAUGGAGUACGGCGGCGGCGGCGGCGGCUCGGCGGAGUACGCGCAGCACUACGCGCCGCAGCAGCUGCUGCCGCGCCACCACGCGCACCACGAGCCGCACGCGCACCUCCGCCACCACAGGGACCACCAUGAUAUACAUGCGCACCAUUUAUCACACGGAGGAUUCAGUUACGGCGGCGGCGAGAGGCGAGCAGACUACGGUGCUCGGGAACAACAUGAGUUGGCCCUACACCAUGCGCUACACUCCACGGAAGAAACGCCGAACGCUGGCAUGGAUGACACCACGGGAUUCAUGACGGAUCUCCCUCUAUUAAAAACAAUGAAAGGUCGUGACGGUCUCGGCGGGACUGGAUCCUGUGCACCCAACGAUGUGUUCUGCUCAGUCCCCGGGCGGCUGUCACUCCUGUCAUCCACCAGCAAGUACAAAGUCACUGUAGCUGAGGUCCAGAGGAGGCUAUCUCCUCCGGAGUGCCUCAACGCUUCUCUACUAGGUGGAGUUUUAAGGAGAGCAAAAAGCAAAAAUGGCGGGAGAUUGCUGCGUGAGAAGUUGGAAAAGAUCGGGCUGAACUUACCCGCGGGGCGGCGGAAAGCUGCCAACGUCACACUGCUUACGUCUUUAGUUGAAGCGGAAGCAGUGCACUUAGCCCGCGACUUCGGCUACGUGUGUGAGACGGAGUUCCCGGCGCGCGCGCUCGCCGAGUACCUCGCGCGGCAGUACGCCGAGCACGACUCCCGGCGCAGGAGGGACCUGCUGCAGGCUACUAAACAGGUUAUAAAGGAGCUAAUGGACUUAUUGAAUCAGGACCGAUCACCGCUCUGCAAUACCAGGCCACCACACUUACUAGAGCCGGCAAUACAGCGCCACCUAACACAUUUCUCACUCAUCUCGCAUGGGUUCGGAGGUCCAGCUAUAGUGGCCGCGCUCACAGCUAUACAGAACUUCCUCAACGAAUCACUCAAGCAUUUAGACAAGUUAUAUCCUCAAAGCGGUAUGGUGUCAUCGUCGAUGGACAAAACAAAAAUGGACCCUGACAUCAAGAAGUAACAAAUGCGUUACAGCAAUGACGACGGUCUCAACAGGAAAACUCGCGACGAGAACAAACCUCUCGCGCACUGUUCAAGAAACAGAUGAAAAAUUAUACUGAACAUAAAAGUACUGAAUUUGACACUUGCCUUCAAAUCAGCGCUGUCAUCGAUUGUCAAAGUCAUUAUGUGCGCACUCUAAGGCAAAGACGUGCCAAUCAUACAGCCAACGGAUAAUGAUAUUAUCUCUAACUGCCAUAAAAUGUUCGCACAGGACAUCUUUGAAGAUUGCGUAUUUAUUUUUAUGACGAUCUUCGUUAGAGGCGACCCGCAUACAAAUAAAGUGCAAUUAUAAUACUCAUGAUUGUGAGAUCUGUACAUAUAGCCUAGAAUUAAAACUAGUGGUUAAUUUAAGCAUUUAUAGCGAAUAAUUUUCAGCUCAACCAACAGUGAUUUUUGUAACUGCAAAAGAAUAUUUUUAAUAAGAAAAGUAAAUAUUUCACAUCCACCGCAAUAAAGACACAUAUCAAUAAUGUAAAUAGUAAUAAUUAUAGAACGAAAGUUUUAUCGUUUCUCACAGGAAGUUUCAUACUGUUUUAGAUUAAAAGGAAAAGAAUAAAACCUCUUUAGUUUUUAAUUAGGGUAUAGUUUUGCUAGCGACUCAAUGUGAAAGUGUGCCAAUUAGUUUUAAUUAUGGAAACACCAUAACGGGUUCCCGAAAAUUAAGUAUUUAAUUAAUAUUUAUUGUGGCUUGUACAUAAUACUUAUAAAAAUUACUAUUCACUUGCCUAUAAUUAGUUUUUUUUUCUAAAAUUAUUCUAGUAUUCGACAUCUGUCUCUUACUCCAAACUUUUAUUGUAUUUAGUACUUAAAGUUUAAUUUUAUUGUGUGAUAUUGUAAGUGUGAUCCUACAUUCCAUUUUGUUUAUGUCGAAGUAGAGGUGGUCUAAACCGAAAACCUUUGAAAUAGCAUAUUACGUGUAUUUUUGACGUGCAGCCAAUCUCGAUACACACAAAAUCCAAAUCUAUCGAAAGAUUUACGUACUAGAGGAAGAAUUUUGACACUUUUUCAUUGGAGCUUAUAUCACAAUUCUAUCUAUCGGCAGAUAUUAAAACUAGCCAUAAAACCACCUCUACAUUUCUUUACAUUAUCGACAAACAACGAUUUGUACACAUCAGAUUAAUUAUCCUGUCACUCGAAAAAUAUAUAAUUUCUUUGUAAAUAAUGUGUUUAAUAAAUCUAUUUUCAUUGCUAAGGAUUCAGACUCACCGAAACAAGAAUAAAAAAGUUGUUGAACUUUACUAUUUUCCGUCUCUGUCGCACGGUGUCUCUCUGUCUACUUAGCACUCCAUUUUAUAAUCAUCUGUGUUGUAAAAGGCCGUUUAAAUAAAAGAUCGAAAUUCAAACAAAUGAAUUCCAUAGAAAUUAUUUUUGUAAAAAGAAUUACUACUACUAUAUUUUUUUACACGAAAAUUUGAAUUAAUCAUUUGAAAUCAAUUCACUGGCAGAGUAAACUCUUUGAUUAUAAAUAUGUCUAAGAU